AAUACUGUAGUAUCUGUAAACCAAAAAUUACAAACAUUGUACACAUUAAUCAUGCAUUAUACCGUCACUUCCGGCGGCAUCCGCAUUACCAUACCCAUUAGCUCCGGCAGGGUACCAACGGGUGGCAGCUGUCGACAAGUUUAAGUGCUUGCGAUUAACUGCAAAGCAGAUAUUAAAGCAGCAAAAAAGAGUGAUAAAUACAAAAGGGUUUGUUAAACCAGGCAAUGGCAGCUGAAGAGUGGCCAAAACAGGCGCUUAACUUUCUUCAGAGUUCAGACAAAUGCUCAUGGUCCUGCGUGAAGUUGUCUGGUAGUGGUAGUGAUUGCAACCACUGCCUACAUAUUCCGUCCAAAACCAUUUGUUGACCAUACCACUCAUGUAAGGCUGCUCUUGAAGACGUGGUUAGGCCAAGAAUUCGUUCUCCGUAGAUUACACUAGUUUAAAAUGUCGUAUUGUCGGAAAACGGAGUAAGACUGCUCUCUAUAUUUCCAUUCUCUUGGUACAAAUUACAAUUUUGAGUUCUGUCUUCGUAUCUGUGUGUGAGCUUGGAAGAAGCAAUGGCAGUUGGGUUAGCAAUAGCAGGUGAAGCGGGGCAAUACAACAGCAGGAUGACACUGUUCGUCAUCAUCUCUUGCAUGAUGGCAGCCAUAGGAGGUGUAAUUUUCGGCUACGACAUUGGAAUUUCAGGCGGCGUGACAUCAAUGGAGCCGUUUCUUAAAAAAUUCUUCCCUGAAGUAAACAUUAAGAUGAAAUCAGACACCAAAAUCAGCAACUACUGUAAAUUCGACAGUGAACUGUGGACCUCCUUCACAUCCUCACUCUACAUAUCUGGUCUUGUAGCUUCCCUUUUUGCCAGUUUGGUCACAAGGGCUUACGGCCGCAAGCCUUCAAUCCUUGCCGGUGGAGCUGCAUUCCUUGCCAGCUCAGCUCUAAACGGCGCAGCUAUGAACAUCUACAUGCUCAUCCUCGGCCACUUAUUGCUUGGAGUUGGUAUUGGUUUUGGAAAUCAGGCUGUUCCAUUGUACCUUUCGGAAAUGGCACCACCAAAAUACAGAGGAGCAAUUAACAAUGGCUUCCAAUUUAGCUUCGGCAUUGGCGUAUUAUCAGCUAACCUCAUCAACUACGGCUCUGAGAAGAUCAAAGGGGGUUGGGUGUGGCGAAUCUCCCUAGCCAUGGCUGCAGUCCCUGCCUCAAUGCUAACACCGGGAGCACUUUUCCUUCCCGAAACACCUAACAGCCUAAUCCAGCAUAACGCGGAUCACCAAACAGCCAAGCAAAUGCUACAACGUAUUAGAGGUGUCGAUGAUGUCCAAGCAGAACUCGUUGAUCUGAUCAAAGCAAACCACAUAUCGAAAAACAUCAAACACCCUUUCAAGAAAAUCCUGGAGAGAAAGUAUAGGCCUCAGCUUGUGAUGGCAAUAGCCAUACCAUUUUUUCAGCAAGUGACAGGGAUCAAUGUCAUAUCCGCGGUACUUUUCGAACAAUUGGGUUGAGAGAAAUGCCUCGGCAAGUCUUUCCGACCUCCGAAGAGGUAGACUACCGUAGCUUUCCCACAACUAAUCCCCUUAAAGAAAAAUCAAAUUAUGUAAUCCAUUUGAGUUUUUCACUUAAUGAAAUUAAUUUAUUUGUCACCAAA